GCACACCCCAAAAUCAAUAAGGAACCCCGCAUCAACACUAGUGGAGUGGGCGGCCUCACCUAAUCAAUUAAAGCCUCAUACCUAAUGAAAGACCUGCUGCCUUGGUAAAGUCAACACACCCAUUACGACUCCUUUUAUAAAAAGUAAAGAAACGUCCGUCUUACAUAUUUGGUACGAGGUGCAGCACAAAAUCCUCAAGUUUUUUACCUUCCCAUCUAAGUUUCCUAAUCAACAUUGUCCACAUACAGAGAAAGUCAGAAGCAGAAGCAAAAGCAAAAGCAAAAGCAAAAGCAGAAGCUUCAACUUCUCUGUCUCUGACACGUCUACGCUUAAUCUAUCAAAGCCCGGACUUCCUCGAUUUGCCAAUAGGCAACGAUUCGGCAAGUACUAAGUUAGUUAACUCCUCCCACUUUCCUCCAACCCACGGCACCACUCGGUGUACGCUUUCUCCAUAGAAACUGGAGUGGGAACUUUACAUCAUCAAGAACAGAUCAAAAGUAGGGACCUCUUCUUCUCCAUCUUCUUGUCAACCUUGACUUUGUUAUUUACCGUGUUCUUGAAAGCCAUCUCCAUUCGACUGCCUCGCAUUCAUUCACAAUCACUUCUUUCACUUUACCAUUUGCUCGAGAUUUGAUAUAAUAUAUCGCAAGGCUAAUGACAUGGAGUCAUCCAGCGAGAUUCCUUCUUUAGGUUUGACAUCUCAAAAUCAACCAGAGAAUUCCACCGAAUUUCGGUUUCCUGCCCCCGCGGUUGAUACAAGAGUAACUACUUGGGUCGAAACCCAAUCUUCUAACAAGAUGUCCACACUCAGCGAAUCCCCAUCUGAUGAAAGUCACCUUUCCGAAUCUACUUAUGAAUUUAUUGAUACGGAUGAUGAGAGUCAUGAUGAGAAUGCUACCGAGUCUAUAGCUUCGGUUGAAUUUGGUCAUCCAGAUGAUAUGCAGAGCCUCGCAGAUACUGAAAAUACUGAUGAAAGUGGGGAUGAACAUACACACGAUUCUUCAAUUCCUGCCUAUGGCUUGGAUAACUCAAUCAAUAAUUCUUUCAAUAAUCCUACCAUCGGUCGAAAUUCUGCUGUCUUGCAUGACGAUUCCGAUACCGCACUCUCACAAUCCAUCGAGUUUGAAGAACCAUUUGGUAGCCUUGGGGUUGAGAAUGUAUCAGUCAGACAUACAGUUGCAGAGUUCACCGAUGAGGAGAAUCAAACCAUCGCACGAGAUAUGAACAUGCAGAACCCUCCAAAUCAUUUAGUCCUCACCAUUCGACAGACGAUGACGAAACAAGGUUUAUCGACUAAAGACCCACUCCGAAUCCUCUAUAUAGGCAGCCACGCUGCGAAGCAAGAUAUCAUACACAAGAUUGCAAGCUCUGUCACUGCUUCGGUUGAAGGUCAGGAGCGUUCAAGUCGAAGCUCUUCUCAAAUCUACAAUGUUGUGCCGGUAUCUGCAUUUGGUUCGGAGAAAACACCGGAAAUCGAGCUCAUGCAUUCAUCUGGUUACCAAAUCAAGGUUGAUGACUGCGUAUCUGCUCAAAACCUACAAUUCGAGGAUCAUCCAGAAAAGCCCGACGUCAUUAGGUUAAACCUCGAGGACCCUUACUGUUACCAUUCUGUUCCAGAGAAAGAUCACUUCAUCAUUGAGCCGGAAUGGGAAUUACCACAUGUGGCAAUUUUCUACUGUUCUGAUAGCGAUGAUUUACAAGCACGACGCACACGCACCAUCGCCAGAAAGUUCAUGGCUCGUCAUGCCAUACCAUCCAUUGUUAUUUCACACAAGCAAUUACUAAAUAAAGCUCAUUGCAUGUCUUUGGAUCAGCAUUCCAUUCAUAUGUGCUUAGAAUCUCGAGAAACAAAUGCCAGAGGGAAUAUCAUCCAUCGUCUACCAAUAGAUCUUAACUCUUUCUUAAACAUCGAUGCUAGGCAGAUGAAUAGAAAUCUUGCCUACUUGACUGGUCUCCAUGAACCUGCGAGUUUAUCUACGCCACCAGCAAUUUCUAAGAAGCUUGAUAACUUUGCAAUCCCUACGAAUCGGGAAAAGUCAGUGAGCUCAGAAUGGAUCCACUAUUUUGCAGAGUGGAGAGCUUUACUUCCAUAUGGUUUGCUUGCUUUGAGUGUUCUAUUUGCCAUCUUCACCCACGGCAUCCCGACUUAUUCCUUUUCAAACCAACCGUCAAUUUCUGUCAACAGCAAAACCAUGUCAGCUGUACCGAUGACUACAACAUCUACCGCGGGAUCAGCACCAUUUACAAGCAUUGCCCCCGGUACUCAAGCCACCAUUACCCCUUCCCCCUCGGUUGUGAAUUCAUUACCGCCAAAUAGUCUGUCAAAACCUCAACUAGAUUUUGCAAAACUUACGCAAGCCGGCCAAAAGAAGUCAAGCAAAUGUGGCUCUUGUACAGCUGAGAUCUUGGGAGAUAGAGAGGUAUUGAUUCGUAUCCCACCCGCCAUGAAGGUCAGCUGGCUCACUAAGUUGGCAAUGUCGGUCAACAUCACUAGAGACAAUGUCACAGUUGAUACGGAGCGUGCAUACAGUUCUGAUGAUGGAAUUGUAUUAUUACUUCCAAAGAAGGAAGCCCAUGGUGUUCUUAACAUUUCGGUUGUCACUACGAAGAAGCCACGCAUCAACGAGACUUUCCAAGUUGAUUUUAGAACCAAUUCUCUUCAAACCAUGCAAGAUCUUCUAGAUAGAUUUUAUGCCUUUUUCAAGGAAGAUACUAUCAUAGCUGAUGGUCAAACACUUGCAGAUGUUCGUACCGCUGCCGAGAAGAUUAUCAAUGAUGUACGCCAAUCCUCUCAGUCAAAAAUAGCCAACAUCGAUGAAGCCAAACGUCUAGCUAUGGAUCGGGCAUCUUCUAUCACCUCUCAACUUACCAAUUCAGCAAGAGAUAUGUCAUUUGAGGCUGCCAAACGCAGUGCUCGCAUCUCAUAUGAACUUGGCUCUCAACUAGCAGGUGUGGAGAAGGUUAUUGCUGAUCAAUUGCAUUCGCUACAAAAUAUCGGUAACCCAUUAGAUGAGGGACUUCUUAAGGCUCAAGUCAGAUCUAAGUCUUUAUGGUUAAAAAUGCAAGGAAAGAAUGCGGAGGCGGAGGAUUAUGAACGCAGAGCUGCGAUAGCUAUGAGUAAGAAGGCUAAAGAGGCAGGAAAAUCUGAGGAGACACCUGUGCCCAAAUCACAGAAGACAAAGUUUCAGUUGUGGAAGGGAAAGAGAGAUGCAUAUAAGGCAGUGACGAAGGAAGAGAGAGCCGCGAAAAAGGAGGCUAGACAAGCAAUCAAAGCAGCAAAUAAGGAAGCAAGAGCUGCUGCUAAGAGAGCAGGAUGGACUGGGAAUUGAGGCGUUUAUAUUUGGGGAGUUAAGGAAUAGGACAAUGGAUUGGGAUGGAUUGGGGGUAUACCAGAAUGGGAUGGGGGUAUGGAUGGGCGGACGGACGGACGGACGGAUCAGGAUGAAUCUUGUUUACUGCGUAAUAUGAUAUUGACACGAUAUGAUACGCAUCGGUGAAUUUUACGGAGGAAAAUACAAUACAAUGCGAUGGACUGUUUAGGUUAGGGCUGAAUUAGGUUAGUUUGCUCUAUAGGACAGAAUUGCCUAAGAAGAGCUAGGGGUUAGGUUAGUUUCGUAGGGUCUCAGCUCAAUUACAAAUAUGCAUUUGAUAUG